AUGGCACCACCCUCGACUUGCCUCGUUAUAUUCCCUUCUCUCUCCACCUACCCAUCGACCAACGCCUCCGAGUCCGAAUUCGACCACUCCGACUCCGUCUCUGCGCUCACCAAUAGUAUCAGCGCCCUGACUGUCGACGUACCCAUCGCAAAUGCGCCGAAACCCAAACGGCGACAAAUUAAGCCCUUUCGCUUUGUCGAUCUUCCUGGAGAACUCCGUCUCAAGAUCUACGGCUAUCACUUCACCACCACAGGCGAAGUUUUGGACCUCGAAACAGACAAUUACAAGCGCAUCCAUAAACCUCUCUGCCUCCUGCGCACCUGCCGCCAGGUCUACAGCGAGGCCUCGUAUCUCUUCUACAGCACCCACACCUUCAGAAUCUUUCCUAUCUACGGCAAGUUCUUUAGGACCAAGAAACCGCUUCUUGCACGCAUGAAGCCUGGCCCAAGAGCAUGUCUCACGACCCUUCAGCUGCGCCUGGGACCGGGUUGGAAUCGCCCUCCCCGUGGCUGGGUCGUCAAUGACGCCCUAGGGCUCAAGGACUGCAUCAACGUGAGAAGAUUGAAAGUCUUCGUCGAGUGCGACCCCAGUAAUGAUGCGUUUAAGGGAUUUCGCGCUGAGGAUGGGUUUUACGAGGGUUUCUCGCAGGAACUGCUCAGAGCGGUGCUGGACGAAAUGCCUUGGUGCGAGAUUGCUGAGUUUGAUGCCAAUCCGAGUGUCAAGAAGUCCGGGGCCAUGAUGACGGGGCUGCUGGAAGUCGCAUGUAACAAAGGCCGAAGACUGGCCUGGGGCCCGGAGAAGGGCUGGGAUGAUGGAGUUGAGAAAGAGGAGGAUUUUUUCUCUACGAUUUCCAUCGAAGUAUUUAGAGGCUGGACCCUCCUUAACUUCUCUAGAAGGCAUAUUACUCAUCUCUAUAGUAAAGCGUAUUAG